CACCAUGGUCUGCUGCUCCACUAGCUUCUGUGGAUUUCCCACCUGCUCCACCAGCGGGAACUGUGGCUCCAGCUGCUGCCAGCCCAACUGCUGCCAGAACAGCUGCUGCCAGCCCAGCUGCUGCCAGACUAGCUGCUGCCAGCCCAGCUGCUGCCAGACCAGCUGCUGCCAGCCCAGCUGCUGCCAGAACAGCUGCUGCCAGAACAGCUGCUGCGGGACCGGCUGUGGCACUGGUGGCGGCCAGGAGGGUGGCUGCGGAGCCGUGAGCUGCCGCGUCAGGUGGUGCCGCCCUGACUGCCGCGUGGAGGACACCUGCCUGCCCCCCUGCUGUGUGGUGAGCUGCAUACCCCCCACCUGCUGCCAGCUGCACCACGCCCAGGCCUCCUGCUGCCGCCCGUCCUACUGUGGACAGUCCUGCUGCCGCCCUGCCUGCUGCUGCUACUGCUGCCAGCCCAGCUGCUGCCAGCCCACCUGCUGUGAGCCCACCUCCUGCCAGUCCACCUGUUGAAAAUCUCUUUCUAAAGGAAUCCUAAGAAACUGGCACUUCAAAAUGAGACAAUGUAGAGUCCUGAUAAACUUCUGAGCUCCAAUACCCAUAACACAGCUUGCAAAUGGCUACAAAAUUUCCUAAGAUGUAAAUUAAUUUAUAAUCGAAAACCAAAAAUAUUUCAUAAACCUGGACACGAACAGAAGUCCUACAAGGUUAAGAGGAAUGUAUAAAACUUUUACUAUAAAUACCACCUGAAAUAGUUCAACAGCUCAUUGGAUUUGGGAUUUAAUAAAAUGUUUAUUCUUCAAUGACAAA